AGAGCGUCACCGCGCGACGCGUCGUGCUGGCUCCACACAUCUCGCUCCCAGAUCCCUUUCUUCCGGAAAGCUAUCGAGAACACUGCCCGGGUAGGGCCAGAGAGGCCCCCGACGUGCUGGCCCUUCCCUCUUGGACGUUGCGCUUGUUCCUCUGCUCUAUGCUCUCUGCGGUUAUCGCCGGACUAGUCAGUCGUCCAACUCACCACAGAGAAGUCCGGAUCGUGGUAGAGCGCCGCGUCGCACCCAUGUGACGUUACGACGGCGCCACUCGCUGGAGGCUUUCCCCGCCCACCCCGGCACCGUUCUCUCUUUCCGGACCUGGCCGAGCAGGAGGCGCCAUCAUGGGAGUCGACAUCCGCCACAACAAGGACCGGAAGGUUCGGCGCAAGGAGCCCAAGAGCCAGGAUAUCUACCUGAGGCUGUUGGUCAAGUUGUACAGGUUUCUGGCCAGAAGAACCAACUCCACAUUCAACCAGGUUGUGUUGAAGAGGUUGUUUAUGAGUCGUACCAACCGGCCGCCUCUGUCCCUUUCCCGGAUGAUCUGGAAGAUGAAGCUUCCUGGCCGGGAAAACAAAACGGCCGUGGUUGUGGGGACCAUAACAGAUGAUGUGCGGGUUCAGGAGGUGCCCAAACUGAAGGUAUGUGCACUGCGCGUGACCAGCCGGGCCCGCAGCCGCAUCCUCAGGGCAGGGGGCAAGAUCCUCACUUUCGACCAGCUGGCCCUGGACUCCCCCAAGGGCUGCGGCACUGUCCUGCUCUCCGGUCCUCGCAAGGGCCGAGAGGUGUACCGGCAUUUCGGCAAGGCCCCAGGAACCCCGCACAGCCACACCAAACCCUACGUCCGCUCCAAGGGCCGGAAGUUUGAGCGUGCCAGAGGCCGACGGGCCAGCCGAGGCUACAAAAACUAACCCUGGAUCCUACUCUCUUAUUAAAAAGAUUUUGAAUGCUGA